CUGGCUUUCCGCAGGAGGGAGGGCGCGCGGGCACGUGUGUGUGUGUGUGAAGGCAGUGCGCGCGCGAGAGCAGAUGCAGGACGCGCGAGGCGGAGGCGGCGGCGAAGGAAAAGAGGGCUGCUGCUGCUGCUGCGGCGGCGGCAGAGAAGCGAAGCGGGGCUCGGAGAUGGAGCACUAACUGAGUCUGGUGAGGUGCCGCCAAAGUAUUGAGAAGUGAGCACACAUUCUGUAUUGAGCAAAGGACUGAAGAUUUCCCUCUUUCACUUCCUGGAUUUUCCUGCUGUGAAGUAAUAUGUGUUGAAGAUUUCAUUCCCCAAUCUAUCUACCUCAUUUUACACAGUUUUGUCAGACAUGGCUGGGGAGCUCUCUUUAUUGUUUCUUUUGUUGCUCUGUGGGAGAACAAUUUCUGAAGUGCAGCCUUUACACCAACCGCCUUCUGAUGCUCUGGAUUUUGGGUUUGUUCCUGCAAAGACAUAUGAUACCAGUGCAUACCAUGAACCUGGAGCAAUAGGAAUUUUGUUCCGAAUUGUCCAUGCUUUUCUCUAUUUAGUGCAACCAAACUAUUUUCCUCAAGAUCUUAUUAAAAAACUGGCACAGCAAUCAUUUGGAAGUAAGCCAGGUGAUUACCAAAAGCCAGAAAAUGUUGUCCUGACUUUGCAGGCCGUUUACUAUGAAAUUGGUUUUAUAGUCUGUUCUGCUGUGGGGAUACUGUUUGUUCUGUUGCUGCCUCUAGUGGGGCUCUGCUUCUGCAUGUGCCGCUGCUGUGACAACUGUGGUGGGGAAAUGCACCAGAGACAGAAGAAAAAUGCAGACUGCCAGAGGGGCUGCUUUGCUACCGUUCUUUUUGUUGCUACUUUAUUAAUCAGCGUUGGUGUGCUUUUUGCCUAUGUUGCUAACCAACACCUCACAAGUCAAGUCCGAGGAGCAAAGAAACUGAUGAACAGUAAUUUCAAAGACCUGAGGACUUUUCUAACUGAUACUCCUGCGCAAAUUGAUUAUUUGGUGAGUCAGUAUAACACUACCAAGAAGAAAGCACUUUCUGAUCUUAACAAUGUUGGCCCAACACUUGGCAGUAGAGUCCAAGAACAGCUGGCAAGGGAAGUCCGCCCUGCACUUGAUGCAGCCCUGACCAUAGCAGGAGCUAUUAGAGAAACAAAGGAGGCGCUGGAGAAUGUAAGUGUUUCUGUGGAAGUCUUGCAGGAAGGAACUGAGAGGCUGCAUGGCAACCUGACAGAAGUUAAAGGACACCUGAUCAACACACUUAAUGAUUCUGCCUGCACAGCUGCUCAGGCUGCCUCAACUUGCAAUAUCAUCAGGAAUUCAUUAAAUCAGCUAGACAUCAAUGCCAACUUCAGCAAGUUGCCAGGAGUUAGCAGUCAGCUUGCCAAAGUUAAUGAAGUCCUUAAAAUAGACCUCUCCAGUCUGGUUCAAAAGGGUUAUGCAGCAUUUAACAAUACUCCAGAUUUAGUACUUGAUCAAACAAAGAACAUUUUGGCAGAUAUAAAAAAUAUUCUGGAAGCUGUUGGUUCAAAUAUCACAGCAUUUACUAAAAUGCUUCCCGUCCAGAAGGUACUGGCAGACUUCACAAUAUAUCUUACCCAGGGUGAGGCGUACGUUCAGGAUCAUUUUCCAUUAGUGGAGCAAUAUGAUUUCUACAGAUGGCUGGGUUGCUUAAUUCUCUGCUGUAUGGUGAUAUUGAUCCUUGUAUUUUACUAUCUGGGACUGCUAUGUGGUACCUGUGGUUAUGACAAAAAUGCUACUCCAACGACAAGAGGCUGCAUCUCGAACACUGGGGGAAAUUUCUUAAUGGCUGGAGUUGGAUUCAGCUUCCUCUUCUCUUGGGCUCUGAUGCUAAUUGUAAUGAUCACUUUUAUUACGGGUGGAAAUGUGGAGAAGCUUAUCUGUGAACCAUUUGAAGACAAGACUUUAUUCAAAAUUUUGGAUACUCCCUACUUGUUGAAUCGCCACUGGAAACACUAUCUCUCUGGCAUCAUUCUUAAAAAUCCAGAUAUUGACUUGACCUUUGAAAAAGUUUACAGUGACUGCAAAGAAAACAAAGGCAUUUAUCCCACACUUCAACUAGAAAACAUCUUCAAUAUCCAUGACAUUCUGAAUGUUAGCAUGUAUGCAGAAGAUGUAUCACUUAAAAUCAAGCAUAUUAAUGUAAAUCUGAGCAACAUAGUCUUGCUGGAUGAAAUUGGAAAGAAAAAUCUUUUGGAUUUUAGUGCUUCGGGAAUAAAUGAGAUAAACUUUGCAGCAUACCUGACAGAGAUCAAUAAGAGUGUUACCAAAGUGGAUCUCUUGUCCUUUGCUAACGAUUUAGAAGCAAGAGCAGAUCAACUGCCUAAAGGAGCACUGGAAAAUGCCUUGAAAGGACAUGCAAAUAAUAUCCGAAUGAUACAUAGUCAACAAGUGGUUCCAUUGGAGCAAGCAAUGAGCACUUUAAACCAGAGCAUAAGGUUACUCCAAAAACUCUCAUCAGAACUUUCGGGAAAGGUGAAAAAUGUGAUUGGAGCAGUUGAUUCUGCUCAACAUAUUAUAAACAAUAAUGCUUCAUCAGUUAUUGUUCAGGAAACAAAGAAGUACAUGAAUACUAUAAUAGGUUACUUUCAGCAAUAUGCAGAAUGGGUGAAGGAAUCGAUUACCAUGGAAGUGGCGACAUGUAAGCCCAUUGCCAAUGUGAUCGAUACAGCCGUAGAUAUAUUUUUGUGCAGCUAUAUAACAGAUUCUUUGAAUGCCUUCUGGUUUGGUUUAGGGGGCUGUUCACUAUUUCUAAUCCCUGCCAUCAUUUGUGCUGUAAAACUAGCCAAAUUCUAUCGUAGGAUGGAUACAGAAGAUGUAUAUGAUGAUGUUGAAUCUAUGCCCAUGAAAAAUUUGGAAAAUGGUAAUAAUGGUUAUCAUAAAGAGCAUUUAUAUGGUAUACACAAUCCAAUUAUGACAAGCUCUGUGGAACAGUGGUAGCACAUACUGGAAAUGUCAAGGCUCGUGGAAAGAGUAAUUCAGAUUCUCCUCUGGGAAAACACCAUCUUUCCAAUCAAUGUUGAACUCUGAAUAUUCAUUCUUCUUGUGUAGGGCCUGCACAGUGAAUUAUUCUUGAUUAUUUGCUAUUUUGUACCACUGAAAUCUGAAAUUAGUGGUUUCUAUUCUUGCUUUACCAUACCAUUUUUCAGUUGAGAUUUCUGUCUCAUAUGUUCAUAAUAAUUUGAGUAAACAGGGCUGUCUGGGUUUUCUGUUAACUAUUUUGUGUGUUUUGUUUCAGAUUAAUUGCCCAUAUAUAAUUACUGAGUUUUUCUUAUAAUGCCCAGAUUUGUUAAUACAAUACGUAAAAUGUGUUUACAUGAAGAAUACAUUCUCUUUGCAGACACUUUUGUAUCUGUGUUUUUUACAGCUGUCUUACAGCAGAUUUUUAAUACUAUUUGUUAUAUACUUCACAAACAACCUACUCAGCAUGAUCAAUGUUCCUUUGGUGCUGUUGGAUGCCCACCACUGGCUGGUUUGUUCUUUAAAAAAGGAAACCAGUCUUUCUUAUUUUCAGAAAAUUUAAUGUCAUUGAAUGGUUGUUAAUUUUUUCUGAGUGAUUAUUUAAUAUGCCAUGUCACUAAGACCAAAAGUGUAUUUUUCUUCUAUCAGUUAGCAUUAAACAUUCCGACCUAAUGUGAAAAUGAAAGAUAAUUUUUAAAAUGUCUUCCUUAGAAUCUGAAUAAAUAUAGCAUGUCAGGUCAAAAGGACCUAUUCAGGAUAUCAGCAAAUAGUAUACUAUGUGUAAUGAAUGAAAGACAACACAUUAAUUGCUAUCUCUUGAUCAUACAUGCCUAGUUAUGUACAUAUUCCUAUGUACAUCAUUUGCAUGUGUACGAGAAGCAUUGGCUUGGGGUGCAUGUAGUGAGAUGCAGGUAUAUCAGUUUACCUCAUCUUGGAUAUCAGGUGGAAAAGAAACAUUAUUCCAUGCCCACUUAGUUUAUUAAGUUUGGCAAAGAUGUGAGACUAGGCGAGAUUAACUAACACCGUUCAUCUGUCAUAGCCUCUUUAUAUAUUACUUGUAAUCCAAAUUUUGGAAAAAGAACUGCCUAUAUUUUGUGAAAUGUUAAAGAAGACUAUAGAACUAUUUAGAGAACUGUUGCAUUCCAUUUUCCUUGAAAUUGGGUGUAAGAGUUGUGAACAGAAUUAAUUUAUUUGACUAAUUUGGAAAGGAUGCUCAAUGCGUUUUUUAAAAAUAAAAUGCAAUGUCUUCUCAAUGCUUUGACAUUGUAUUUCUUGAAAUUGCGAAUCAAGACUAUUAAGACUACUGUUUUUUGGCUCCUUGACUGUAAGGAAGCUCCUUUAAUAGAAUUUUGUUCAAUAAUCUUUCCUGAUUUUAAUUACAUAAUGUUUACACAUCAGUUGUCCAUUCCAAACAUUUGCAGCAACAUUAAUUUGUACCAUUCUUCAUUCAGUGGAAGUACUUUUUUCUCAUUGUGGGGAAAAUGCCACCUAUGCAGCAGCUCUCAAAUUCAACAGAAGCUGGCGUUACAUGAGAUAGAAUAAGGAUUUAUCACUAAUAGGGAAAAGUGAUUAUUCCUACUAUCCAAUGUGCAGAAUACUUGUGUGUGUGUGUGUGUGCGUGCGUGUGCGCGUGAGAAAGAAAAAGAGAGAGAGAUUCAAAAUUGUAGAUUUUAAUAACUUCCUAUUUCAAACUUGGCAAUGUCCUGAAAUCAUUCAAAUAAAGUGAAAUAUUGAUAAA